AUGUCCGCUGGGCCGAAGAUUGCACUUUGCCCGGACUUGUGCAAGCUCAUAGCCCCAUGGGUACCGGACGAGACCCUUCCCGCCCUUUGUCUUUCUUCCAAAGCAUUCCUACGCCCCGCCCAAGCGCGCUUAUUCUAUUCAUUGUACUUCAGUGACCUCAGUGAGAUAGCAGGGUUGUGCCGAGAAAUCAAUGCUUCCGAACGGCUCGGAGACUACCCCCGGAAUCUGUUCAUCGUACUUGAAACCUUGGGAUCCAUCCGGCUGAACAGCGCGGCGCGUAUCGCAGCAUGGCAAGACGUCGCUCUCGGGCUCAAGCACAUGCCCAAUUUGAAGACUCUGCUCAUUUCCGACGCGGUUCUCGUCAACACGUGGAUAUUCGAGGACCUGGGGACGCCCCCCUUUCAGUUAAAGAACCUGAAGCUCAGAUUCCAGUGGGACCAGCGUUUCGUGGACUUCCUGAGCUCGCAAAAAAGCGUUGUGGCAUUGGAGACAUCGUGUCCUGACCCAUACAUCGACCUGUCCGGCUCGUCGCCCGAUGGGACCCCGACACACAUUAUUCUUCCAACGAUUCCGGUCGAUGCGGAUAGCGACGGCUUUCUACCUCAUCUAGCGAGGCUGGAAACUCAGCUGUUCAUCGCGCAGCAGUUGUUGACGCCCUUUCCCGGACGAAAACACUAUCCUCCUCUGACUUACAUCCGAAUAAACCCAGCGCCAGAGAACGAUCGUGCGGUACUGUCGAUGUUACCUAACCUAUGCUGGGUGCACAAGAGUCUACGCGCUAUCAACGUGCAACUGCCUGAAGACGUGGUUUGGAAGGCUAUAAAUAUGAUCGCGACAGCAGUACCAACGAUACGGUAUAUCGGAGUGCUACACAUCCCAAGCGUCCAUCACCACCGCCUGACUUCAGCCCUCCUACGCCUACCGCAUUUGUGGGCCGUUGAGAUCGACGUGUCGUCUUGGGAGCCCCAGCCGCCCAAUUUAUUCGCGCAGCGUGCGUUCGCUGCAACGAUGAGGACAUACGCUCCGAGCCUGAGGAACGUGAUCUUCUGGGUAGGCGAGCAGAAGUGGUUGUGGAAAGUCAUGCCUACAGAGGUGGACGCGGAUGGCAACGGCGUUGUGGGUGAUGGGAUGGGAAAAUGGGGUUGUCAGCUGGAUAAUGGGGUCAAGCUAUGGGCGGAGGCAUAA